UUUUCUAACUUUACCAAUUACCAAACCUUACAUUUUCUUGCAUCACAUUUCCUAGAAUAAGAAAACCGUCUUUGUUUUACUGUUUCAAAACCCUCGCCAAGUUGCCCACUGAGUAAGAUCAUUGAUUUCACGUAUAAUUUUACAUACAAUUACCCUGGAAAUUAAAGUUUCUUUUUCCUUUUUGGGUUGUGACUUGUGAUGGCAGAAGUAAGAAGCUGAUGCUGGCUUUACUUAUUCUUCAACUGCUUCGUUAGUUUGGAGCAAUCUUGAUUGGGCCUACAGAUAUGAGUAAUUGAAGACAGGAAACAGGUCAACAGCUGAGAUACUCUCAUGGCAUUCUCAUUUUCUCUUGCAGCCUUUGUUCACCCUCAACUCCGGCAUGUUGUUGCAAAGAUGUCUCUGUUCGACACAAUUUUGUUCUAUGUGGUACAUCUUUUGGACAAGUUUGAUCUAUGGCACAGAUUACCAGUUUUACUCGGAUUGGCUUACCUAGGACUAAGAAGACACUUGCACCAGCGAUACAACCUCUUACAUGUUGGAGAAGUUAAUGGCAAGAAAUAUGACACAGAAGAGUUCUCGUAUCGGACUGCUGAUGGUACAUGCAAUCAUCCUACGGAUCAUUUAGUGGGCAGUCAUGGAACCUUCUUUGGUCGCAACAUGCCACCAGCAACUUCAAGUUAUGGGCUGCUGGAACCUCAUCCAGUAACAGUGGCCACGAAGCUCUUGGAAAGGAGAAAGUGCACAGAUUGUGGGAGCCAAUUCAACAUGAUAGCGUGCGCGUGGGUACAAUUUAUGAUCCAUGAUUGGAAUGACCAUAUGGAGGACACUGAACAGGUGGAACUUAGAGCUCCUGAAGAUGUUGCAGCAGGGUGUCCACUGAAGUCAUUUAAGUUCUUUAAGACGAGAAAACUUCCUACAGGUUCACCUGAUCUGAAGUUUGGGCAUUUGAAUUCAAGGACCCCAUGGUGGGAUGGGAGUGUAAUAUAUGGGAAUAAUAAGGAGGGCAUGAUUAGGGUGAGAACAUUUAAAGAUGGAAAGCUCAGGGUCUCAGGAGAUGGACUUCUUGAACAUGACGAUAAUGGCAUUCCAAUAUCUGGAGAUGUUCGUAACAAUUGGGCAGGCUUCUCUCUGUUGCAGGCCUUGUUUGUUAAGGAACAUAAUGCCAUAUGUGAUAUGCUUAAAGAUUCUUACCCUGAAUUUGACGAUGAAAAGCUGUACCGACAUGCAAGAUUGAUAACUUCAGCAGUCAUUGCUAAAAUCCAUACCCUUGAUUGGACAAUUGAACUUGUUAAGACUGAUACUCUAGUGGCGGGAAUGAGGAUCAACUGGUAUGGCUUUUUGGGGAAGAAAAUCAAGGAUUUGCUAGGACCUAAGUUUGGACCAAUUCUGAGUGGAUUAGUUGGUCUUAAAAGGCCCAGAGAUCACGGGACUCCCUACUCAUUGACUGAAGAAUUUGUUAGCGUCUACAGAAUGCACUCACUUUUACCUGACAAAAUUAUUCUGAGGGACUUGAAGUCGACUACUUCAGAAGACAAAUCCUUGCCUAUUCAAGAAGAGAUUCCUAUGACGGAAAUGAUUGGGAAAGAAGGAGAAAAAAGCUUGUCCAAAAUUGGUAUAGAGCAGAUGCUGGUAUCAAUGGGUCAUCAGUCAUGUGGAGCUGCUACAUUGUGGAAUUAUCCGACGUGGAUGAGGAAUCUUGUUCCUCAUGAUGUUGAUGGAGAAGAAAGACCAGAUUUAGUUGACAUGGCCGCAUUGGAAAUUUAUAGAGAUAGAGAGAGGGGAGUUCCACGGUACAACGAGUUCAGAAGGAAUUUGCUGAUGAUACCAAUUAGCAAGUGGAAGGAUUUAACUGAUGAUGAAGAAGUAAUUGAGGCUUUGCGAGAAGUAUAUGGUGAU